CCAGCACCUACACCUGGACCUACACCUGCACCUACACCUGCACCUACACCUACACCUGCACUUACACCUGCACCUACACCUGCACUUACACCUGCACCU